ACUCUGCGAGGGGAGACAGGACCAUGAGAGGACGAUGCCUCGAGAUACUUUGAUCCUCUCUGAGAAUGAUACUGACAUUGAGCUGGACUUUACAGGGGAUGAUGAUUUUCAAGAAAGACAUGAGACGCAAAUGCACAGAGGGUACAGAGGAGCUACUGACAGAGAGAAGAAGAAGAAGAAGAAGAGGAAAAAUAGUGGGAGAAAUGAAACUUCCUCAUCAGCAGACAGAGGAAAGGAGUUUCAGCCAAGGAAGAAGAAGACAGAGAGGGACCGGAGAAGAAGCAGUGAUCGAGAAACAAAGCAAAGCAAGAGGGACGAGGGGGACCGGGGCCAAACAGCAAGGCACAAGACAGCAAAGACAAAGAAGAGCAGCAAGAAUGAAAAAACUAAAAAGAAAGACUAUGAGGUGGAGAGAGAAGCUGGAGAAAGAAAGAAAAAAGGAAAUAAGAAACAAGGAAGUGCCAAAAAAGUGGAGAAGAAAGAGGGUGGAAGUAAACAUGUGACCAAAGAGAACUCACAGGAAGAGAAGAAGAAGAAAAAGCACAAAAAAGUUGUUGAAACGAGUUCUGAACAGGAGACAAGUGAGGAAGGAGAUGAUGAAGAUAAUGCCAAUGAUGACGAGGAGGUGAGGCCGGACUCUCUGUCCCCAGAGGAGCUGGAGAAGCUGAAGGAGGCCGUAGAUGAGAAGAAGAAACUGAUCCAAAGUCUGAGGGGGAAACCCUGGCCGAUGAAAAACAAACUCGUCACUUUACGAGAGUCUCAGAAGUUUGUGGAGAAAUAUGAAGGAGCUUUGGGGAAAGGAAAAGGCAGGAAGCUGUACGCGUACAAGGUCAUGAUGGCCAAGAGGUGGAUGAAGUUUAUACGAGACUUUGAAAACUUCAAAACCGCCUGCAUCCCAUGGGAGAUGAAAAUAAAAGAGAUUGAAAGUCAUUUUGGCUCCUCGGUGGCCUCAUACUUUAUCUUCCUGCGGUGGAUGUACGGCAUCAACAUGAUCCUGUUUGGACUGACCUUUGGCCUGGUUAUGGUACCAGAGGCUUUAAUGGGACGGCCCUACGGCACCAUUCCAAGAAAGACGGUUCCCAGAGCUGAGGAGGCCAGUGCCAUGGACUUUGCUGUCCUCUGGGACUUUAAGGGGUACGCUCAGUAUUCGGUCCUCUUCUAUGGCUACUACAACAACCAGCGUGCCGUCGGCUGGCUCAAGUUCAGAAUGCCUCUGUCGUACUUUCUGGUUGGUGCGGGCACAGUGGCUUACAGCUACAUGGUCGUCAUUAGAACGAUGGCUCGUAAUGCAAAUGAGUCGGGGAUCGGAGAUGAUAACAGCUUCAACUUCAGCUGGAAGACGUUCACCAGCUGGGAUUAUUUGAUAGGAAACCCUGAGACUGCAGACAAUAAAUUUGCCUCCAUCACCACCAGCUUCAAGGAAGCCAUUCUGGAGGAGCAGGAGAGUCGGAAGGAUGACAACAUCCACCUGACUCGUUUCCUGCGGGUACUGGCAAACUUCCUGGUCCUGUGCUGCCUAGCAGGAAGUGGAUAUCUCAUUUACUUUGUGGUGCGCCGCUCUCAGAAAUUUACCCUGGAUGGUCUCGAGAAUCACUCAUGGUGGGAAAGGAAUGAGGUGAACAUGGUCAUGUCUUUACUGGGAAUGUUCUGCCCCAUGCUGUUUGACGUCAUCAGCACCCUGGAGAACUACCACCCUCGUGUUGCACUGCAGUGGCAGCUGGGUCGCAUCUUUGCUCUUUUCUUAGGAAACCUCUACACAUUCAUCAUUGCCCUCAUGGAUGAGAUCAACCUGAAAAGAGAGGAGGAAAAGGUAGUGAAAUAUAAUAUAACCAUGUGGGAGGAAAGCCAUUACAACGGGACCGUGUCAGGAAACUUCACUGCUCCGCCUGUCACCAUCCAUCCUGCUGAUGUGCCACGAGGGCCUUGCUGGGAGACCAUGGUGGGGCAGGAGUUUGUCCGGCUGAUCAUCUCAGAUACGAUGACAACCUACAUCACCCUGCUGAUUGGUGAUUUCCUCAGAGCUGUGCUCGUCCGCUUUCUGAACUACUGCUGGUGUUGGGACCUUGAGGCUGGGUUUCCUUCCUACUCUGAGUUUGAUGUCAGUGGAAACGUUUUGGGGCUCAUCUUCAAUCAAGGAAUGAUAUGGAUGGGCGCCUUCUACGCCCCCUGCCUGCCGGCCCUGAAUGUCCUGCGGCUCCACGUCUCCAUGUAUCUGCAGUGCUGGGCUGUGAUGUGCUGCAACGUCCCACAGGAGAGGGUCUUCAAAGCCUCAGGCUCUAACAAUUUCUACAUGGCCAUGCUGCUGGUCAUCCUCUUCCUCUCCACUCUGCCAGCCAUCUACACCAUCGUUACCAUCCCACCUUCGUUUGAUUGCGGACCCUUCAGCGGCAAGAACCGGAUGUUUGACGUGAUCCAGGAGACGCUGGAGUCUGAUUUCCCAGCCUGGUUCAGUAAAGUGUUCAGUUAUGCCUCUAACCCUGGGCUGGUGCUUCCUUUUAUCCUGCUCAUGGUAUUGGCCAUUUAUUAUCUGCAGUCUACUUCCAAAAGCUACAAACAAGCAAAUGUAGAACUGAAGAAAAAACUGCAAAUGCAAAAUGAGGAGAACAAGAAGAAGAACAAACGAGCAGCGCUGAAAGCACAAAUGGAUCUGGAGGAGGCCAGAAAAGAAGCGUCACAGGCGGCAGAGCGUCACAAGGACAACAGCAAUUCAUUGCAAAACCAAGAAGCAGAUGAAGAAAACCACAGCAGAAGCCGCCGGAUUUAUCGUGGGCGAAACGAACGAGGCCCUCCUCCUGCCGCUGAUGAAGAGAUAUCAGCUAGAGGUCCUGUUUCCAGGAACUAUCACCAUGGCAACCUUGGGACCCCUCAAUACCUGCCAGGUUUAUCUCAACAAAGAGAGAUCACGAUGUAUGGAGCACCGAACCCGCACAACCCCUGACAGAACAAAACCAGACUUAAAACUAAACCUUUUUACUGAGAGUUUCAUGUUUAUACUGAAGUAUACUGAAGAAAA